AUAACAAAAAAAAUUAUAGCAUUUUAAGGUGUAAUGAAAGACUGCAUUUAAUUGCAAUCAGUAAUUUAUAACAUUUGUUGUCCAGCAUAUUCUCCGGCCAUGCCUCUAAAUGGUGGAAUAAGUUACUUGUAAAAAUGGGAACUGUUCAAUCCCUGACUGUCUUUCGUCCACAUGGGUGGCCCUGCCAGCUCUCUUACAGCUACAGAGUGUAGACAGCGAGGUGAAGUGAGUUUACACCCAUACAGCCAUUACAGGGAUUCUGGCAGGGAAAUACGAUUGGAGUGCCAACUGUCCAAUUUAAAAAUGUCUGGUAAACAUUGUGGCUUUAACUUUAGGACGUUGAAAUCACUGACUUCAUGGCUUUCAGUUUGAUUUUCAUUUUCUUUUGCUGAAAGCUUUGACCACUGGUGAAGGCAGAAUGACCAAAUCUGCCAAAUCUUUAUGUGGUGCUUUCCACUUCAGUACCACAUGACUGUUCUACUUUGUGUCCUGCUACAGUCCUCUCUAAAAAAUAAACAGUACCUUCCCCCACCAAAACAAGUAAUGAUAAUAGUGAAAGAAACUCUCCACUUUCUGCACUAUAAAUCUUAUUUUUCUGAAAUAGAUGGAGCUCUUGCAUGAUUGUGUGUAUUAUUCAGGAUUAAAAAUUAUAUAUCUUGUUCUUACAUUAAAUUCUAGACCUGAGGUAAGAUGGGAUGAGCUACUAAAGUGUCAUGGUACCGAUAAUAUUGCAAUAUUAUUUCUGAGAAUUGCCUGUCACUUCCUGUGUUGCAUUUGUAGUCAAAGUUGUACAGCAUCAGCACUGCUCAGACGCAUCUGGUGUGGAGUGCUAUACACUACAUACAGAGAAUACCAGACUAUUUAUUCAGCUGCUAGCAUGGUUCUCCAUCGAUAUGGGAUCCGAUCAGCAUUAGGCUUUGUGUACUUUUUCCUCAUUACCUAUGGUGAAGCAGCGAGAGACAGAAGAAUCCAGCUAAAGAGCCUAAAACUAGCAAAAUUAAUGAAGAAGGAUUCUGAACAGCUCCUGAAAACCUAUGCAUUCAAACAAGGAGAUAUCUACCGGAUAUGCACCCUAGUGCAGUUGAAGGUGGUCCCGGAUGUUGGAAUCACUGGUAAAGAGCCUGUUGAAAGGAUGCAGAGUAUAUACACAUCUCUGAUACACUUCAAAGGGCUGUUUGACACAAUCUCUGAACAGCAACGGGAUUUGCUGUACCCUGCUGACGACACACUGCACAGUAUGCUCAUCGAGGCUCAGAGCCGCAUCAAAGAUCUUGCCAAUAACUUGCUGAUGACCUUCCCAAAACUGUCUGUUGUCAAAGGACAGGAGAGUUCUCCUCUGGCCAACGGCAACUAUUUCCAGCAGAAGUUGUUUGGCUGCAGUGUCUUGAAGAAAUAUACUGAAUUCCUUUCUCAGGUAGUGAAAGAAUUAAGUGACUUUGGCACCAAAACACCAGAGUGAAAUUGAGAAUAAUAAUAAUAAUAAUAAUUGCUUAAACUUAUAUUUAUAUUCUGGACCCUCCACUCAAAGCACUUUACAGG